AUGCCCAACACUUCUGGCUUGGUCAACCGCCGCAACGUGAUCGCCACCUCGGAUGCCACGGUGGUGUCCCGGCUGAAGCAGGCCGGUGCCAUCCCGCUGGGCGUGACCAACUGCAGCGAGCUGUGCAUGUGGUUCGAGUCCAGCAACAGGGUCUACGGCCGGACCAACACCCCCUACGACCUGCAGAGGAUCGUGGGCGGCAGCUCGGGUGGUUUCCUGGGAGCCGCCUGCUCGGUCAUAGGUGUGGGCUCCGACAUCGGCGGCAGCAUCCGGAUGCCUGCCUUCUUCAACGGAGUCUUUGGCCAUAAACCCACGACAGGGGUGGUCCCCAACGACGGCCAGUUCCCAAACGCUCGAGGGGUGCGGACCAGCUUCCUGUGCACGGGGCCCAUGUGCCGCUACGCAGAGGACCUGGAGCCUAUGCUGAGGGUCAUGGCCGGUCCUGGUGUCAACAAGCUGAAGCUGAAUGAAAAGGUGUCACUGGAGAAAAUAAAAUUUCACUGCAUGGAUCAUGACGGCGGGUCCAUUUUUGUGUCGCCUGUGGACAAGGAGAUCUUGCAGGCCCAAAAGAAGGUGGUGGAGCACCUCGAAAGCGAGUUGGGGGUCCAAGUUCAGCACGUGGCGAUCCACAAGAUGAAAUAUUCUUUCCAGAUCUGGUCAGCCAUGAUGUCGUCGAAGGACAGUGAUGGGCAGGAGGCACAGCUAUUCACUGAGCUGCUGGGGGAUCACGGGAAUCUGGUGUGGCCGCUGUGGGAGCUGAUGAAGUGGCUGGUGGGGAUGUCUUCCCACACCCUCCCAGCUAUCGCCCUGGGGCUGACGGAGAAGGUGAUGAAACUCAGCCCUGGUGUGAACGCCAAGCUAGUCAGCAUGGGGAAGAGCCUGCGGGAAGAGAUGGAGGCCCUGCUGGGGCCGGAUGGGGUGCUCCUCUACCCCUCGCACCCCACCGUCGCUCCCAGGCACCACUCCCCCAUAUGCAUGCCCUUCAACUUCGCCUACACAGCUAUCUUCAACGUCCUGGGCUUGCCGGUGACGCAGUGCCCACUGGGCCUGAGCAGCGAGGGACUGCCGUUUGCCAGCCCCUGCAGCCUCCCGGAGCUGCCGUGGGGAUUCCCCCACCCUCUGACUGAAAAGGGAGCGGGGCUCAGCGUGCUGGAGGCAGCCGUGUGCUCGUCUCGCCGGUGCUGCUUCGUGGGUGGGUGGUGCUGGGCUCUGCCCGGUGCAGAGCUGGCAGGCACUCCCUUGCCUCCGCGGGACGUGAGGCUGGAGGCGCAGAACUUCCACGUCCAGCUGCGCUGGGAGCCGGACCCCGGCUUGCCCGAUGGUGCCGCGUACCAGGUGGAGUGGAGGAGACGAACCUCGCACUGGACCAAGGCAGAUGAGUGCUGGAGGAACGGCACUGGCUCCUCCUGGGCAUGUGAGCUGUAUUUUGACAAGAUCCACGAUAUCUACUGGGCAAGGGUGAGAGCAGUGGCCGGAGGCGAGCUGUCCCAGUGGGCCUAUUCCAGUGAGCUGCAGCCAUACAGAGACACAAUUGUGGGCCCCCCCAAGCUGUCCUGGCUGCUCCAGGGUCACACCCUCAGCAUAAAUGUCACCAUGCCGCUCACUCCUUACCGAAACAAAGCCGGCUCUUACAAGCCAGUGGACCAAGUGCUGCUGAAGCUGUGGUAUUGGCUGAGCCUGUACGAAGGGGACGUGCUCGUCCAGCAGGUGCCCUGCAGACGGAGCAGGGAGGAAGCACCGUGCACCUUCAGGUACCUGAAGCCCAGCACGCAGUACUGUGUCCGGACAGCGGCCGCGGACAUGGCCCGGGAGCAGAGCCGGGAGGCCGAGCAGUGCAUGGUGACACCGGCGGGCCCCGCAGGCUUUCCCUGGGUCCUCCUUGCCGUGCUGUGUGGUGUCCUCCUGCUGCUGACCAUGGCUGGGCUCUGCUUCAUCCAGCUGCACAUCAUCCCCGGCCCCUCCGAGACGCACCUCCCAAAAACACUUGCUCUCCUGAACAGGGAGAUGAGGGUGACUGUCACGGUGCCCACCCUCGAGCUCAAGGAGGACUCGCUCGCCCUGCUCCUGCCGACCACGCUCCGCUCCUGCGGGCUGCCCGCCGCCCAGCAGAAGCCCGCCGACCAGCACUGCCCUGCCUGA